AAUGUACUGUAGUACUGUCCCUUGGAUGGUGCUGGCAUUAUCAGUAAACCUGACUCGAAUCAUCGUACUUAAGCCCUGAAGACGAAUACCUUGAUCGGACCGGAUCUUUUCCUUUCAUGAUAUGUCAGUUAGCUUGUUUAUUCAUGCAACCUGCGAGCAUGAGAUCUGGUCCUUCAUUCUAUUCAUGCAUAUAUCUGGCGUCAUGAAAAGGUUUGAUACCGGAACGAUAGUCUUCAGUACCUUCCUAUGUAUCCCAUUCCUCACUGACAGCCUUUCCGCUUCUUUUAACAUUGAACAGCUCGCUUUUGCUUUUGCUUUUGCUUUUGCUUUUGCUUUUGCCUUGAUCUUAAUUCGUUCAACAGGCGGGGGAAGUAGUAUUGAAUUCUGUCCAUUAGUUUGAUAUACCACCGCACAGGUUAGCAGCACUUCAGUUAUUUCUCUGGCGCGCUGCGCAAGAAACCCGAAGAAUAUAAUCCAAGUACUGGGGUCGUCAGCAGUUCAGAUGCUAUCACCAUGUCGAUCACUGUGAAUGUCUUAUCGGCCGUUGGGCUUGCAUCAGACACAUUAACAACCCUUUCAUUUUGAUAUUCCUAUCUCGCUCGUCUCUGGGCAGUCGGGCGUUCGCCUUAAAGGAAUGUAGCCUCACGACCUCACCGCUCUCGAAACCUCCAUAAAGCUGUCAGCGUGAUGUUGUCCUUAGUUUCGACCCCUUCGACGGCCCCGGAUUCCUUCAGUUUAUCUGAUUAAAGGCCUGGGAUAGAUCUAUCAACCUGCUACGGCUCAUAGUGCAAACCUUUACUACCGUAUGGGUGGGGCCUCAGUUCUCCUCCCCUGCACACCUAUGCAGAAGGUGGGGAGUGCAAUGUAUGUCAUCACCCGAUGCUUGCUAAUGUGCAAUCAAAACUUCAGGCCUUCAGGUGAUGAAUAUCAAUACUCCCUAACAUUGGUAAGCAUCAUGACGUUCCAACUCAAUGAUUUGUACCCACAAACUCUUACAAUGUGGACGUACGCUGGAGACUGGAUGCCAAGGUCAAUAUUCACUACUUUCAACAAUUCUGUCGCAUGGACUGACAUGACAUAUCUUUGGAGUAUUCAAAAUCAUCUUUGGACAACGCCUUUAAAUGAUAUGUUAUCACUACUAUACGUUCGUAUAUAUCUACUAUGAAUAUGAAGCCACCUAUGCACUU